AUGGGGAAAAUGAUUGAGCAACCUCGUGUGGAGCUUUCCAAAGUUGCAGUUUCUGAAACUCAUGGGGAGAAUUCUCCCUAUUUUGCUGGGUGGAAAGCUUAUGAUGAGAACCCUUAUGAUGAACUAACAAACUCCUCCGGAGUUAUACAAAUGGGAUUGGCUGAAAAUCAAGUUUCGUUUGAUUUGCUGGAAAAGUAUUUGGAGGAGCACCCAGAAGCCUCAACCUGGGGAUCUGGUUUCAGAGAGAAUGCUUUGUUCCAAGACUAUCAUGGACUCAGAUCAUUCAGAACAGCAAUGGCAAGCUUCAUGGAACAAAUAAGAGGAGGGAGAGCAAAAUUUGACCCGGAUAGAGUGGUCCUCACAGCAGGAGCAACUGCAGCCAAUGAACUCUUAACCUUCAUUCUUGCAAACCCAGGAGAUGCUCUCCUUGUUCCAACCCCUUACUAUCCAGGAUUUGAUAGAGAUUUAAGGUGGAGAACUGGGGUGAACAUAGUUCCAAUCCAUUGUGACAGCUCAAACAACUUCCAAAUCACUCCUCAAGCUUUGGAGGCUGCAUAUAAUGAAGCAGAAGCGAACAACACGAAAGUGAGAGGAGUGUUGAUCACGAACCCUUCAAACCCCUUGGGUGCAACCGUUCAACGCUCGAUAUUGGAGUAUCUUCUUGACUUCGUGACUGAAAAGAAUAUCCACCUUGUCUCAGAUGAAAUAUACUCAGGAUCGGUGUUCUCCUCCUCGGAGUUCGUGAGUGUAGCAGAAAUCCUGGAAGCACGGCAGUACAAGGAGGCGGAAAGAGUUCACAUUGUUUAUAGUCUCUCCAAAGACCUUGGUCUUCCCGGUUUCAGAGUUGGAACUAUUUAUUCAUACAAUGACAGCGUUGUGACAACAGCAAGAAGGAUGUCAAGUUUCACCUUAAUAUCCUCUCAGACACAGCAUCUUUUGGCUUGUAUGUUGUCUGAUAAGAAAUUCACAGAGAACUACAUUGGCACCAACAGGGAGAGGCUGAGAAAGAGGUACCAAAUGAUCAUCGAAGGUUUGAGAAGUGUUGGCAUAGAGUGCUUGAAAGGGAAUGCAGGGCUGUUUUGCUGGAUGAAUCUGAGUCCAUUGUUGGAGAAACCAAACAAGGAAGGAGAAUUGGAGCUUUGGAAUGCCUUUUUGCAUGAAGUGAAACUCAACAUCUCUCCGGGGUCUUCUUGCCGUUGUUCUGAACCAGGUUGGUUCAGGGUCUGCUUCGCAAAUAUGAGCGAGCACACACUGGAAGUGGCAUUGGAGAGAAUACGUAACUUCAUGGAACGAAUAAACAAAGAGUAUAAGGUCUAUUGAUGUCGUUGUUAUACUAUAUAUUUGUUUUUUUAUUUUUUUAUUUUAAAGUGGUUCUUGCCAUUUUGAUAAAUUCUUUGUUUUUGGGUUACAUCAAAACCCAAAACUCGUGUAAAAGGACAUGUAUACACUGUAGGUCGGAUUCACUGCCGAGGAAGUCGUGAAUUAGUGUCUUAGUUCUUGUUUGCUUGCUUUACUUAGCAAGUUGUUACUCAGAAAUUCAACUCCUUCUGUAUCAUUAAGUUUAUAUUAUUGAUUAAUGUAUAAUGUUUUCCUUUGUAUUACUUCCACUGUUCUUUUUCUAAAUUCAUUCAAAUC